AUGGUUCUACUUGGCUUUAUUGACGAGCCAAAUGGUUCUGGUGAUGAUGAUACAUCUGACUGGACCGUUUCAAGAAUAGGAGGAACACCAGCUUAUCCUGAUCAAUUGAUUCAUGAAAAAUUAAAAUCAAAUUUAAUAUGUUCUCAAUGUCAACGUGAAAAAAUAUUUGUCUGUCAACUUUAUUGUCCACUUGUUGGUCAACCAUACGAUCGAACAUUAUAUUUAUUUGCAUGUAAAAACUCAUUAUGUUGGAAUAAAUCAAAUAAUUGGACUGGUGUUCGAUGUCAAAAAUAUGAUUCAACUUAUACGGAGAAGACAGAUGAUAACAAUGAUGAGCAGCCAACUGAAGAUAUAUUAAAUAAUUCUUCAGCCGAUUGGUGUGAUGAUGCUGAUGAUUGGAAUAAUGCUGAAGAUAACAAUGAUAAUUCAUUUUCAAAUUCAAACGUUAUACCAACCACGAAAUCAGCUAGUAAUGAUCAUAAAUUGUUAACAUCUCAAAUGAACAAAAUAAAUUUAGAAGAACAAUUAGAAGAAGAAGAUUGUGUUGAUGAUGGUGGUGAUGGUGAUGAUGAUGAUGAUGAUGAAUUAGAAAUGGAAACAAAAAACUCCAAAAAAAAUAAACAAACAUCAUCGGCAUUAUUUGAUGAAUGGAAGAAAAAAAAUUUAUUAGAAAAAAAUAAUGAUGAUAUUGCACAAGAAUCGUCUUCUUCUUUGUUUCCAUUGUAUUAUAUUGACAUUGAUGAUGAACAAACAAUUUUAGAACAAGAACGAUUAAAGGAAAAGAAAAAAUGGAAAAAUAAAAUCAAUCGAGAACAAGAAAAUACAGACGAAAGUAGUGAUUAUACUAAAGAACCUUCAACAAAAUUAGAGCAUGGUGAUAUUGUGUUUUAUCGAUUUCAACAAAAAAUAAUGCAUGCACAAGAUCAAAUCGUUAGAUAUGAUUAUCGUGGUCAACCAUUGAUUAUAACUAAAAUUGAUUCAGGUCUAUUGUCAAAUAUAAAAUGUCGUCAUUGUAAAGAAUCAUGUUUAUUUGAAUUUCAAUUGAUGCCAGCCUUGGUUAAUUAUCUCAAAAUUAAUAAACGCAUAGUAUUGGAGUUUGGCACAGUUUUUAUGUACACAUGUUCUGCAAAUUGUUGGAAUAAUGAUAAUGAUCUGUUUCAUAUUGAAAAUGUUAUCGUUCAAGAGCCCCGAACAGAGAAUGAAAAGUUUUAUUGGGAUCCGAAUGAUAAAUCUAAAAAAAAAUUUCCAUCGUUGAAUGAUCAAGGUACAAAACGUUUAUCAGUUAUUAUACCUGCAUAUAAAGAAGCAGAACGACUACCGCCAAUGAUGAAGACAACAAUGGAAUAUCUUGAAAAACGUAAUGCUAAUGAUAAAUCAUUUACGUACGAAUUAAUUAUUGUAGAUGAUGGAAGUCCUGAUAACAAUCGAACUACAGAAGUUGCACUCAAUUAUUCAUCGAAAUAUAGUACAGAUAUUGUUCGUGUAUUAAAACUUGAUAAAAAUCGUGGGAAAGGUGGCGCUGUUCGAAUGGGUGUUUUAAGUUGUCGUGGUGAAUGGAUAUUAUUUGCUGAUGCUGAUGGUGCAACUGAUUUUAAUGAUUAUACAAAAUUAGAAAAACGAGCUAUAAGUAAACAAACGAAGGAUAUAAUCAUUUGUGGAUCACGCCGACAUUUAGAAAAAGAAUCUGUUGCAAAAAGAUCUCUAUUUCGUACAAUUUUAAUGCAUGUUUUUCAUUUGGAAGUAUGGCUAUUUACUGUUAAAACAAUACGUGAUACACAAUGUGGAUUCAAAUUAUUUAGUCGUCAAGCAGCACAAAAAACAUUUUCUCAACUUCAUGUUGAAAGAUGGGCAUUCGAUGUCGAAUUGUUAUAUAUUGCUGAACAAAUGGGUAUAUCAUUAGAAGAAGUUGAUGUCAAUUGGCAAGAAAUACCUGGUUCAAAACUAGAUCCGAUAUCGGCAUCUGUUCAAAUGGGUAUUGAUAUAUUAUCAAUAUGGCUUCGUUAUACAGUCCGUAUUUGGAGUAUAAAACAACAAAAAGACUAA